AUGUGUACGCGGAAACAAUGCAUUGCUGAUCAUGACGUAUCGUCUCAAACUAACGAARACAUAAAUUCUAAUUCUACUGUAGUUCAAAAGUUCCAUAAAAACAGUAAAACGUCCGUUCGUUUGACUUAUUUUGAUGGAUCGACCUACGUAAAAAAACAUAAAGCUUGUCAAACAAAACAAGCCAGUAAGAAAUCGUUCGUUGGGRCCUCUGAUACAAACAUCCAAAAUACUAUWACUAAAUGUGAAACGUACAGUGACAAUGCGGACCAGAAAUCUAGUGAAGAUGACGGUGCUAAAUCGGUGACUGACGUGUCAUCAGACACUCUGCCGGCUGACGUAUGUGUGCGAAUGGUGGGCGGACGAGUGCGUGAAAUAUUAGACUUAUUGGCCCGGUCGGAUAACGACAUAGGGUGUACGGACRCCUAUUGGUUGCAGAAGCUGCUUAAGUCAGUAAUCCGAGCACUUGAUGACUUACGAAGUGCUUGCUGUAGACCACGUCAGAUAAAAAAAUUGCGGAAUUCUUGCAAGAAGAUCAGCCGGCUCUCCGGCGCCGGUUCUGAAACGUCACUGUCGUCGAGUGAACUUAAUAUGCUGUGUAAAUAUCCACACAAUAUUUGUAACCAAUGCGGUGGUUUGGUCAAUUUUAACUUACAGAAGUUAAUAAAAGCCGCUACCGAUUUCGGAUGUUUGUAUGAAUAUUCUGUCAACUCGAAUAAAGCGAAUAGACGUUAA